ACGCCAUGUUUGUGUAGUAGUCAACGUUGUAGGUGGUGUAGCGUGGUGCGGGGUGCGCGGGUAUUCGUGUUGUCUCCGCUUAUUUUUUUCGCGUGCAGUAAUGCUCGGAUUGCUCGGCCGUUUAUUUACGUAGUAUCGCGACGCAGUGCAGAAGGCGAGUCGCGUGCCGUCGAUCGGCGCGACGAGUAGCGCAGCGAAGCCGCGAAACCGUCCGCGCGAAAUUCUACCGAGUGAGAGCCACGCACGCCAACCGGGACGACCGCGAGACUCGGACGCAUCUCGACUCGCACGGCUAGAUGCGACCUCCGUUUUCGCGGAGGUUGUUUACGCACAGGCCCGCGCCGUCGUAGACCGUACGUCCGCGUAACGCGCGGAUCCCCGGGAAGCGCGACGUCGUUUCCUCGUCAGAGAUCGUAGCGUGAUUCUACACGCCACGCUAUGCCGCGUUAGCGCGUGCACUUGUGCUGUGUUUUAUAUAACCUGACAACACGAGCGAAUUACUUCGUCCUGUACAUCUCCUAUUUAUCAUGCCAUUGCAUUUUUGACGAAACAUUAUCAAGCGGUGCAUACUUAAUUGAAAGAUAUCAAAAUGUGGCCAACGCAAAGUAGUAACAAUUCUAAUGCGAACUCCGCAUCAAGCGAAAAGAACAAUUUACGCACUCUGGGGAUGACGUCAGCUAUCAGUGUAGCUGAACCUAAACCUAUGGACAUUGCCAGAACCAACGAAUUGAAGGAGGCCCUGAAACCCUACAACGUUUUUGAAUCUGAAGAAGAGUUAAAUCAUAGGAUGGAAAUUUUAAGUAAACUGAAUGCAUUGGUUAAACAAUGGAUAAGAGAUACGAGUAUAGCUAGAAACAUGCCACCUAAUGUGGCCGAACAAGUGGGUGGUAAAAUAUACACGUUCGGUUCAUAUAGGUUAGGUGUACAUCACAAAGGCGCCGAUAUUGAUGCAUUGUGUGUUGUACCUCGUCAUAUAUAUAGAGCAGAUUAUUUUACGUCCUUUUUCGAUUUAUUGAGAAUGCAGGAAGAAGUUACAGAUUUAAGGGCAGUAGAAGAAGCCUUUGUACCAGUUAUAAAAAUGAACUUUGAUGGUAUAGAAAUUGACAUGCUAUUUGCGAAGUUAACUCUUAAGGAAAUUCCAGAUUCAAUGGAUCUCAGGGAUGACAUGCUACUGAAAAAUCUUGAUCAGAAGUGUGUUAGAAGUCUGAAUGGUUGCAGAGUGACGGACGAAAUAUUGCGUUUAGUACCUAAUAUAGAAAAUUUCAGAUUGGCUCUUAGAGCUAUAAAAUUAUGGGCAAAACGGCAUGGCAUAUAUAGCAAUGUCUUAGGUUAUCUUGGUGGCGUAUCUUGGGCAAUGUUAGUCGCUCGAACAUGUCAACUAUAUCCCAACGCCGUAGCUGCAACUCUGAUAGAAAAAUUUUUCCUUGUAUUCUCCCAAUGGAAGUGGCCACAACCAGUACUUUUAAAACAACCUGACAAUGUCAAUUUGGGUUAUCCAGUUUGGGAUCCAAGAGUAAAUGUGUCGGACAGAUAUCAUCUAAUGCCAAUAAUUACACCAGCGUAUCCUCAACAAAAUUCUACUUUCAAUGUGUCUAUAUCAACUAGAACUAUUAUGCAAGAAGCAUUUGAGAAUGGGCUAGCUAUAACCGAAGAAAUUAUCAUGGGUAAAGCAACGUGGGACAAGUUGUUCGAGCCGCCAAACUUUUUUGGCAAAUACAAGCAUUACAUUGUAUUGUUAGCCAAAAGUUUAACCGCAGAAGAUCAACUUGAGUGGUGCGGCCUUGUCGAAUCAAAAAUACGACACUUAAUAGGUAUGUUGGAAAGGAAUCCUCAUAUUACUUUGGCACACGUUAAUCCGGAGGCAUUCCCACCAUUGAACCCCGAAUCUGGUAAACACUGUUCUAUGUGGUUCAUCGGCCUGUCUUUUUCUAAGUGCGAGAAGAGCGAAAAAAGUGAAAAGGGUGAAAAUAUCAACGUUGACCUCACAUACGAUAUCAAAUCCUUUGUGGAUACAGUUGAGAGGCAAGCAGAACAAAUAAAUAUGUUUAAAGAAGGAAUGUGGAUUGAAGCUAAACAUGUAAAAAGGAAGGACUUAAAUACUUAUGUAUCGCCCAGUUUACUAAAAAGGGAGAGAAAGGUUUCUAGCGGUGUACAUCGAAACGGCAAUAUUGCUGGAAAUGGAAACAGUGGUAGUGUGUCUCCACGGAACCAAGGUGAUACGAGUAAGAAGAGAUUAUCGGAUCAGACGCUUGACGCAUGUGGAAAAAAGCGACGAAUUAAUGAGACGGAGGAGCAAACGGAGAAUACAACGUUAGUCGUUCAAUCUUGUGGAGAAGAUAGCAAUUCUGGCUUCAGUAUGGAUGAAUACAAACAGAAUCUAUCAACUAAUAAGGACGAAGGACCUACUGGUGCAACUACAGUAGCACAGGAGGGAUUCGUAUGCACUUGAUGAGCAUCAUGGGAUUACUAUCUUACAUCAAUCCACGGAUGCUCCUCUGGGUCAUCUAGACUGUAACAUUUCUCAUGCAACCAUCCACUGCCCACUGUAAGUCCUUCGUUUCGUAAAAACAAAGCGUCACGCAAUGGAGGAAGCUCUGUCCAGGUGGAAUCAAUUAAGUAAUGAAAGGAUUUAUGUGUUAUAUGUAAGACACUAUAAUAGUAUUAUUUAAAAAAAAAACAUCGACAGUCAAUGGGAACAAUUACGCUGGAAGCUUAGGCGAUUGUGCCAGUGUCUGUGAUGAUUUAUAUCACUGGGGAAUAAUAGUUUUGAGACACAUUAAGGAAUUUGUCACCCAUGAAGGUAAAAUCUAAUUCGCUUGGAAACAGAAUAGCAAUUAUACUUUUUAUAUUUCCUUUUUGUAUAUAUAUAUAUAUAUAUCAUUUACAUUACUCUUUUUUUAUCGAUAAACACUUGAACAAGGAACUUAAGAUUUGAUAAUACUUGAUGUAACAUAAUUUUACAUAAUUUACAUGACGAGCAAGAAUAGUUUGAUCGAGAAAAUUACAUGUAUGGAAAUUUCCAUAUUUGCGAAUGUUUCCACAUGUUAGAAAAAAAAUACAAAAUAUAAAAUAUAUUCUUAUAUGAAGUGCAUUUUUGUAAUGCACUGUGGAAUAUGCUUUAAAAAUACGAUUUAGUUGUAAGUAGCUCUGAUAUAUUUUAUUACUCAUGAUAGGUGCAAGUCACUUGACGUGAUCUGUUUAUGGACUUGCAAAUAGUACUGUACCAUUAGCGUUUUAAUACGCUUUACUGUUUGUACUAAGUAUGAAUUAUUAUUUACGCGAUACUUAAUGUUGUUAUUAUUUAUAAGGAUUAGGUGUUCCAUGCAAGUUGCAAAAUAGAAUAUUAUUUACUCCUGAAGCUUACUGUUGUGCACAUAAAGAAAGAAACACUAAUGGUUUGCUUCAUUAGCUUUCGCUAUACAAUCAUAAUGCAAUUAAUAAUGCAAUUAAUAACUGCAUUAUGAGAGUCACCGACACUGGCAUAAAUCUGAGGAUGUUUCAUUUGCAGACUACAUAGAUCAUAGUCACUUUAAGAAGAUGGAGAUUUGCAAAUGACACAUCCUAAAUAGGCCAUUGACUAUCUUAUUAACUAUUAUGUUGCGUGAAAUAGUUUCGUACGGAGCCGCCUUUUAGUUUUUUUGCUCAGAGACAAAGUUAUGGCUUUAACGAAUUAGAGACGAGUUGACACUUGGAUGAUUAAGCUGUUCCCACUUGUCACCACUAAUCAGUGAGUUUUUUCAAGUGUUCAACUAUCUUCGCUCCCAAUCUACGGCUCCUUAAUCCUAAUUCCGUAUUACUUUCUUGCCUCUAUUACAGUCCUCAAUUCAUGUGUUAAAGGCAUGUCCACUAAUCGUAUGCUACAAGGUAUUUGAUGUUCAUUCUUUGAUACUUGUAAACGAAACUUGCAAAUACCACAGUGUACGCAGAAAUCAGGUACUUGCAGAGUAAUAUUUGGCAAGUUAAAGAUUUCAGACGCAAUUCAUGUUAGCAUUGAAAAAAAGAUCACUUCUCUUUCAUAAUCGACACCACUAACACCUUAACUGUUUACGUUGGAAUUUUUCUUAAUGUAAUAUACACAAUUUAAUGAUAUUGGCUAAUUAAAUUUUAAGUAUAACAUGGAAAUAUUAAUUAUAAUGCUUUGCAAGUGUCAUGAUUUAAUGUUCAGUGAUUAGGAAUCAUUCCGUUACUUGUACAUAUUCGUAGAUGCACCUAAGGUGAUAGGUUUCAUUCUUUCAAAGCUUGUCUUAUCUUGUCAAAUCAUUUUAUUUAUUGAUUGGGAUACUCGUUUUUAUUUUGUGGUAAAAAGAACACUAAUAGUGCUACCUUAUUUCUCUUUUGGUUCUUUCAUGGAUUCACGCUAAUUUCAUGCUUGAAUCUGAGAUCGAAGUACAUUAAGGUAUUGUACAAGGAAUACUAGGCCAGUUGAUUUAAUUGAUCAUAAACGUUUUCAUUUUCCACAUAUAUUGACAUAUUGACAUGAUUAAAAUCGCAAUUAUGUUUUUAAAGAGUAAAGCAUACAAUUUACAGCGAAUUCGUUUAGAUAUACUUGUGUAUCCAAAUAUAUCUAAUCAAAUUCGUUAUUAUUAUCAUUACAUAAUAGCGUGGAAUAGCCCAGCAUGGGUUUAUUUCAUAAUGAUCAAUAUCGUUCAUAAUUUUCUGUAUAGAUUCCACGUGAACAGGGGAGGAUAUUUCCCUAUAAAUAAGGUAUUUUUAGUAAUCAUUCAUUAUUUAGAAAUUAUUUGAUUCGCAACGCACAUAUGAGAUCAGGCAAAUUUAUGUUGAAAUGAGAUUAUUUUGUUUAUUUUUAUUUAUUUUUGAAACAUCGCCUAAAUUUUCAAACUUUUUUACUUAUCAAGUCUGUUCUUGUAAUUACUUAAGUUUACUCAAUAUUUUUUAAAUAGAAUACGUAAACGUUUAACGUAUACGCAUAACGUAUUACUGAUACUCAUACAUAGUAACAAUUAAAUACUUCAUCUAUUUUAUGUCUGUCUAUAAAUAUAUGUGUAAAAAUUCUUGAUUGUGAUUUUAUAUUAUACAAGAAAAUUUUAGUAUAUUAUGAAACCAUACGACAUAUCAUCAAGCAUCUUUUGUUCUGUAAACAAAAACAUUUGUAGUUCUUGUAUUUUUUAAAUUAUUCGCCUAUAUAUCUUUUUUUGCUAGAUCCAGGAUGUGCUUUAUGCGAAGCUCAAUUAUUUUAAUAAACAGAAUUUUUACUGGCUAUUGAAAGAACCGUUUUGUUCGUGCAUACGUAUCUUUUUUUGUUAUCAACGUCUUUCUUCUUGUACAAAUAUCACGUUCUUUAGGUUUAUGCAGCUAAUACAAUUAGGAUCUCUAUUUGGCGACAAAAGGAACACGUCGCAUUGUCUCCGAAAUUGGACAUUUGUUCAUUUUGCCAUGUAAAUCGUUAAUAUUUAACGAUAUGUAAAUGUGUGUGGAUGUAUUUCCGCGAAAGCGCAUAUUACAAACUAACAAAAGUUCAAUUUACGAGGACAUAUAAUGUGUAUUUUUAGCAUGGAACAAUUAAAUCCUAUAAAGCGUAUUAAUCACGGUGCAAUACUUUCUUUUCUUAUGCAGAGCCAUUUCUUUCUUUUUUUUUAGUUAGAAAAUGAUAUCGAUUAAUCGAGAAUUUCGCGAAUUUACUUCUCAAAUAGCAUCAUACGCUAUAUCAAAGAUGCUAACACUCUCAUUAAUAAUGCACACGGAUGUCAUAUCUACUUCGCCGAAUAAUUCUCAAAAUUUUUCUGUUUUUUCGCUCACAUUUAUUAUUCAUGUUGAACAUAAUUACGCACGUAAUUGUGAAGAAAGUUAAGAAUCUCUUGAUGAUUCAUGUAAACGUACGAAAAUUUAUACAAAUUCUCCGUUCAAGUUUCGACAAUUCUCCACUCAGACAACGCAAUUUCUCAAUUUCGGAAACAGUUUGGAACAAAUUUCUUCAUUUAUUCAUAUUUCUUCUAUGCCGCCAUGUGUCGCACUCGAGUUACUGUGAUCAUUAUUGCUAUUAAUACUAAUAUCGUCCGCGAUAACGUUGAAGCUUCUGUCAUUCUCUCGCAUAUCAUCUCUUUUAGAUUUUUUAUUACAGAACAAUAUUUCAACUUUUCGCAAUUAAAUGCACGCGCGCGCGCGCCAUCAUCAGACGACUCUCGAUAAUAAAUGUCAUGACAUUCGGAAACCCAUCGCAAAAAUCGCUUUCAUCAUAUUUAAAAGUACGUACCGUUCUAUCGACUCUUAUUGCACUAAUUCUCGAUCAUCCAUUACACAACACUCAUUGUCUCGAUACAUUAAACUCGCUGACUAAUCGUCCGUAUAUUUCUGAUGUUAAUAAUCGCUGUCUCCUAAGUUCUAAGAUUCAAAGAUUGUAUUAUACUUUACACAACUUAAGAGGAUGUUAAAAUAACGGAAUUACAAAAUUCUCCAAGUUGAUUUUACAAAAAAAAAUUUGAAACUUUUUUUACAUUUUUGCGUGUUUAAAGUACACACAAAAAAGCUCAAGUUGAGUAGCCGCAUAUCCCUCAUAGAAUCUUGUUUGUACUCUAAACUGUGUAUACUGUAAAAAAAUUUUUUUAAUUUUAAGAAGCCAAUUCGGAGAAUUUUGUACCCUAUGCGGAAAGAACGAUUUUUGCUAAGGUAUCUAAAAAUUUAGCUAGAUACGGAUUUAAAAAUAAUUUUGUUGGAUCAUUAAAAUGAUUAUGAUGGAUGUUCAAGCAUAAUGAGCAAUGCUGCAAAAAGUUUGGCGUUUUAGCAACUAGCUGAGCGUCCUACAUAAUUAUUUUGAUGGUUUAAAAUUAUUAUCGGAUCUAUAUCCAGCUAAAGGUUUAGAUACUUUAGCACUCUGCUUUUCGUGCGUAAAUGUCGUGUGUAAUUCCGUCAGUUUAGGAUUCCCUUAAACAAGAAUGUAGGUGUGUAAUAAGUUGGGCUGUUGUUAUCACGAUCGCUAGAAGAUAGAUGAGGUACCUGUCGGCGAAUGGAGGCCGAGGAUCGCGAACGGUGAACAUCAAUGUUAUCCUUGUAUGCCAAAUCUUAUCUUCUUUAUUGAUUCGAGGCUGUCACCCGCCCGAUUCGUACCUCUUUCUCUCCUCUCUCUUUUCCCUCUCUCUCUCUCUCUUUCUCGAAAAUAGCUAGACAUGUCUGUAGCACAUUCUCAAUCCUCGCAUUAGCCUCUUCCUUUCCUGAAAACCGCCAUCGUUGGUCGACGUGAGUGUCUUGCAAUUUCGAUCAUGCGGCCAAAAGGGAAGUAACAGGAAGGGAAACGCUACAUCUCUUAUCCGCAAUCUUAUCUUUUAUUAUAUAUAGAAAAAAAGGGAGGGGAAACGCGAGACAGAAACGAGAAAUACGCUGAAGGAGAAAAAAAAAGAACGUUGUCAGGCGCGAGGAUUUAUGUCGCGGGAAAUGCGGGACUGACGCACAUGAUUUUCUCGCGCGAAUGCUGCACGAAUCGCGCUUAGGAUUUCACAGCGAUCAAAAGUCUAAUGCAAUACAGGAUAUGAUGCGUUCGAUCACCGAGAUCACGCGAAAUCAUUGUACGCAGACAUCACCAUGAGUUCAUACUGCGAACACUCGCAGUUCUCGAGAAAUCUUGUCCGAUGAGUUACUGUAAUUAUAAACUUAAAUUAUAAUUGUACGUGCUCAGAUGUAAUGCACUUCCGCGAAUAAUCGUAUACCUAUUCCACGAUACGUCUCCGCGAGGAGGGAGAGUACGCUUUCUUUCCAUCUCUCACCCUUUACUAUUUUGUUUUCCGCGCUCUCUCAAAACGAAAAUUCGAAGCGAAAUACGUUGGCGCUUACCAGCCGCGCAUAGAUCGUGAACGCGUGCGACGAUCAUCGAUUCAUUGCGCACUCACAAUCGGCAAUAGCACAAACAAAAAUGAGAGAACGAGUAAGGACAUGCAUAUUUGUAUCCUAUGAACACACAUUGUAUACUCUGUAUCUCUCCUGAAUAAACGGAAAUAAAUUUUUCUUUCAACUCCUUCAGCCAAAAAAAAAAAAAAA